UGUGAAAAACAAAAAGAAGUAAGAAAACAAAAAUGCUUCAAAAUCAAAAGGCCCCCCUAGACCAUUCACAUCCGAGGGAGCCCAACACACAACUAACUAGUCCACAAACACCUGCACUUCCAAGACCACUUUCUGAACUCAGAAUCUCCAACUCCUGUACCCCAACACACACGAGGUUCUGAAGAGAGGACAUUUCUAUCGGAGGAAACAAAAACAAAAACAAAAAAGGAAAGCUUUAGACAGAGAAGGGGAGAGGAAGGAAAAAAAAAAGAAAAAAAAAGCAUGGAGGGCAUGGCUGAGACAACGCCAUUGGCAGAGCAGCUGGUACUCUCACUAGAGCAAGCGACCCACAUGGCCAAACAGCUCCACACCACCAAUGAUCCAACCCACCACCUCCAAAUCUACACCUCCCUCCACCAAGCCCACCACCACCUCUCCACGUUCCUCUCCAAAACCCAGUUUCCUCCUCCGCCUCCCGUCGCAGAAAACUCCCUCUCCUCCGCCACCGGUGCCGUCGCCGGCGACGAAAACGACACCGAUCCGAUGCAAAUCAUGGACGGUGAUGAUGCGGUGGAAGAAGCUGAGGAGAAUUCGAAGGGCAUAGUUGAGAGCGUUGAGGAGAAGAUGAGGAACUGCUUUAUCAAGAAUAAGCGGCCCAAGCGGCGGCUAUCGCCUUCGGCGUUGGCAGUGGCGGAGGAGAGGAGGCUGAAUGAUGAUGGGGAUGGGUGGGGAGUGAAGGGGUUUGAUCCUCAUGCGACGAGGUUGAGGGCUUUGGACCUUGUCUACCAGUUUCAUGGCUGAGGGAGCAGAGCAAGUCGAAGAAACAGAGCAAAACAGAGUGGUUCUCAGUUGCCUUUGUGAUGACAGCUCAGAUAAUAUAUUUUGUUCUUUUUUUCUUUUCUUUUUUUUUCCUCCACUUUGAUUUAUUAUGCGGCAGGACGUAGAUUUUGAUGGAAUAAAAAUGGAGAGGAAAAAGAUUGGGAGAUCUUUUUUUUUGGGGUUAUGGUAAUUAUGGUUAAGGGUAGAUUGUACAAGAUCAGGAACAUGUUGAAUGAGCAGGAAAUUGUUCAGCCUAGGGAAACCUAAU